ACCUCAAGAUGGCGUAAGGUUGAAACCAGGCCAUACUAUAGGACUAGGACUACAAAGACUAAUCGUGAUUACUUUUGUUCGGUGAUUAUCGUUGAGCACGGUGCCGGUAAGUGUUGGUUAAAGUCAUUACUGGUAAAAUGUCGCUCGUUAGAAUGGGCCUCGUAUUUUAUAUUUCCUGCAUUGCGCUAAUUUCCGCGCACGUGAGCGCGAACGCGCAAGAUAGUCUGGUAGUGCAGCUUAACGAAGACAAUUGGGACCUCAUGCUCACGGGAGAAUGGAUGGUUGAAUUUUAUGCACCAUGGUGUCCUGCGUGUCAAUCUCUUGAAGAAAUCUGGAAAAAAUUUGCGAAAGAAAGUUCUGACCAAAAACUCAAUAUUAAUGUUGGAAAAAUAGACGUAACAAAUUCUCCAGGUCUUAGUGGCAGAUUUAUGGUUACAGCUUUGCCUACAAUAUUCCAUGUAAAUGAUGGUGUAUUCAGGCAAUAUAAAAGUCCAAGAGAUAAAGACUCGUUGAUUGAGUUUAUAUUAGAGAAAACAUGGACAAAAGUCGAGCCAAUACCUAGUUGGAAGAGUCCAACUGCCUUCCAUAUGUCAAUUUUAAGUCAAUUCUUUAAAUUGUCUCAAGUAUUAAGAGCUAUUCACACCAGACUUUUGGAGGAGAUUGGAUUGCCAGCAUGGGGUAGUUAUCUUAUAUUUGCUAUUGCAACAAUUAUUUUGGGUGGAAUAAUGGGUUUGUUUAUCGUUUGCUUGAUUGACUUCAUUUAUCCACCAAAACCGACGCUACAACCAUCUCGGCAAGGCAAAAAGAAACAGAAUGGUACAGUGACUGCACAGGAGAAAGGUUCAGAUGAAGAUGAACUUUCGGAAAACGUCGGGGAUGAUUUGGUGGACGAGUCAGAGCCAGAGGAACUCGCUGAAACACCCGAAGAGGCAAAAGGUGAAGAGGUGUCUGAACCGGAAGAACUUGAAGCGAGUGAGAAAGAGACGGAUACUAAAACGGAUACCAGCAGUCCCAGUGUUCGCAAGCGUAAGCCACGCAAGGCUGAUUAGAAACAUUAGUUGGUUUAAUGUAAAUAUUCAACAACCACGGAUCAAUUGCCACUAAUUUUCAGCGAUGUAUUCCCGAAAUCAUUCCUGCGCAUUACGACGAUAUAUAUGGCAUAGUAUCGUUAUCUUACAUUACGAAACAUGAAUAAUUGGUAUGGAUAACUCAAAGAAACAUACUUGCCGUCUCUUGUAUAUGUUUAAAAAUAUAAACGAGAGAAUUUCAAAUUGUA